CCGGCUUGCGCAAAUGGAUGCGCAGACGCGUUUAAUAUCGCAAUUUAUGAAGUGGAGUGAUGUACUCGCUACCCAGACCUGCUAGUAAACUACGCAUCGACAGCAGAAGGGGUAUAUCGCAACAACAGUUGGAGAGUUCAGACCGAGAUACUACCAACCGCAAGGACAUUAUUAAUGGCCAUUCAAAUAACGUAAGCUCGCCUAAACCAGUUUUUAAUGCAAUGAAUAAUCGAAGAAAACAACAUGUGAAUAGUGCCCUUUAUAUUGAGUCAGUGACCCCACAGCAUGAAGCCAAUGUACAGUAUCUAGGCAGUGCCUGGAGGCGAGUAGAAAAUGAACUCGGCCAUAGUAAAAAGGAAGGUGGUCCAGUUUAUUAUGUAGAAAAAAAAUCCAACCCUAGACUAGAAGGUUUUGAGGCAUUUGACCUGCAUACUUGGAGAAUACAGCAGAUUACAAAGGAUACUCCCUUAUCGUCAUCUUAACGACAGCUAUGGCAAAGUAGCAUAGUAGAGUGGUCAAUAUUUGUAUUUUUAGAAAAUUUACUGUAUUUAAAAACGAAUGAAAUAGUAUGUGUGCUUGUGUGUAUCUAUGUAUGUAUACACGCAGCUGUUUGUUUGUGUACAUGUUCUUACGCCGCUCUGUACAGCGAUAACUUUAACCAAAAUCAAUGAAUCCUGUAUUUUAAAAAAAACUAUUAAGAUGUUAACUAAUUUAUGCGAGGAAAUAAAAAAACAUUUAUAUUG